UGCGGGGCAGGCGGGCUCCCGCCGCGGCUGCGGCCAGUUAUACAUCGUUCUGCAGUCUGUCCGCGCCGCCGCGGGACACAGCGGGAUGUUCAGGAUGCUGAGCAACUUUGACGAGGACCCCUUCUUCUCUGAUUCUUUUAAUGUGCACCGAGAAAGUAUGCGACAGAUGAUGAGAAGUUUUUCUGAACCUUUUGGAAGAGACUUGCUUAGCAUCUCUGAUGGUAGAGGAAGAGCUCGUAAUCGAACAGGACGUGAUGAUGGGGAAAAUUUCUUGACUCGUACAGAUGUCAGCCCUUUUCAGGCAGUGGACCGAAUGAUGUUAAAUAUGCGAAACAAUAUGCAGGAAUUACAAAGAAACUUUGGUCACCUUUCAAUGGAUCCAAAUGGACAUUCGUUUACUUCUUCCUCCAUUAUGACUUAUUCCAAAGUAGGAGAUGAACCACCAAAGGUUUUCCAGGCUUCAACUCAAACCCGUCAGGCUCCAGGAGGAAUAAAGGAAACUAGGAAAGCACUGAGAGAUUCUUACAGUGGACUAGAAAAAAUGGCUGUCGGUCAUCAUCUCCAUGACCGAGCUCAUGUCAUUAAAAAAUCAAAGAACAACAAGACUGGUGAUGAAGAGGUCAACCAGGAGUUCAUCAAUAUGAAUGAAAGUGAUGCUCAUGCUUUUGAUGACGAGUGGCAAAAUGAGAUCUUAAAGUACAAACCAGGGGGACAGCGGCGCAAUCUAGAAAACACUAGGAUGCGAAAUGUUGGAUAUGAAAAUUCAGGAUCCCGAGAACUUAAAAGAAGGGAGAAAUCUCAUCAAAAUCCAGCCAUCGAACAUGGAAGAAGAUCAAACGUUUUUGUGGACAAACUCAACAUCAAAGGAUCACCUGUGAAAAUGAACAAAAAAUAAACAUCCUUGAAUUUGAUGUGUUCAGUUUGGGUUGUUUUUAACAGAGAAAGUAAUGGUGCUGGGUAAUACACAUAAGACCAAUCUCUUGUUAAAUCAAUAGUGUACUUAGCAACUUUCUUCUGAUAUCUCGAUGUUUUUGAAAGUGCUGACUUUAUAUUGUCCCUACUUUGGAAAUAAAACUGAUUUUCAA